UCCCCGGACCCUGCAUUCACUAUAUCUGGUCUCCCCGGACCCUGCAUUCACUAUAUCUGGUCUCCCCGGACCCUGCAUUCACUAUAUCUGCUCUCUCCGGACCCUGCAUUCACUAUAUCUGGUCUCCCUAGACCCUGCCUUCACUAUAUUCGGUCUCCCCGGUCCCUGCCUUCACUAUAUUCGGUCUCCCCCGGACCCUGCAUUCACUAUAUUCGGUCUCCCCGGACCCUGCAUUCACUAUAUCUGGUUUCCCUGGACCCUGCAUUCACUACAUCUGGUUUCCCCGGACCCUGCAUUCACUAUAUCUGGUCUCCCCGGACCCUGCCUUCACUAAAUUCGGUCUCCCAGGACCCUGCAUUCACUAUCUCUGUCUCCCCGGACCUUGCAUUCACUAUAUCUGCUCUCCCUGGACCCUGCAUUCACUAUAUCAGGUUUUCAGUGUUACAUUACUGCUGUAUCCAAGUAAACAGAUGUAAAAUGUAA